AAAAUUUUUGUUAUAUUUUAAUAAUCUGAAACACUUGACGCUAUUUCAGAUGUAGGAUUCAAAGUUAAUAAAUAACUAAGAAAACAAAUGGCGAACUUUAUGUUGAAAUGAAGAAGCCAGACGUUAAAUUAUCGAAGUAUUUAUUUUUUGAGGCCUUCUUUAGGAAAACUUGCAAGAAUAGUCUUGUUUUAAUUUUUUUAUAUUUUGUUUUGAGUGAAUGUUCUCGCAAAAUUUUGGGUCUGAAUCAGAAGCACCUGUAGUUUUAAUAGCACUUUCUACUAUAAACUGUAAAAUUUUCCUAGCAGGGUGUUUCUGACCACAAGUCCUUAGAUUGAUGUCCACAUCAUUAUCAUCUAAAUUAAGAGAUUAAACAAGGAUGCGAGUAUGGCUGAUUCUCGCCAAAAAUCAUGUCGCAAGUAGCAAGUAUGUAAUUUGAUUCCCGAUCACGAGCGCCGAGGCGUUCAUUUAUUUUUAUUAUUGUCUAAUGACGCCUCUCAGGCGACCUUGUCGAACAACGAACAUGAAAGUGUAGUAGUUGAUUUGAAAAACAAUCGCUCCAUACCGAUUUCCUCGUCUCAGCCGCACGAUCCCGAUGGAACGCAAGUGCUAAUUAACCCAGUAGAUUGUUUCCGGAAGUAGCAAAUCGAAGUUGAAUCGGAAUCACUACGGAAUUUCUCUCUGAUAGUCGUAAUUCUCUGACUAUUCCAGUUCUCAGGACAAUAUCAAGAACUCGACGAAUGGAAGAAACUAAAGGAUACUUCCUUGGGCUCAGGGCGACCUUUCUGUCGAUAAACUCUUUUCGGAAACAGGAAACGAAGCAAUGCUAAUCAUAGUGGAAUUAAAGUGUGACAGUGACGACUACGAGUUUGACGUUAAAAGAAGAAAAAAAUCGAAACGUGAAAGUGUUUGCGAGGUGGAGUGCUUAUUUCCGAGUGUAUUGUAUUUCACAAACCAGGUUUUUUCUUCGUCGAACACAGGGGAAAAUAGAAUAUGCAGACGAGAGGGUGUCUCGUCUGUCCUGUGAAGGAAGCUGCUAUAUUUCACUGAUUCUCAACAAACCUGGGAAAAAGAAGAGGAUUCGCCUUCAGGAGCUCGAAUGCAGAAUAAGAUGCAAACCUUGAGUGGCCUCGCCUUCGCGAAUGUGUUCAAGAAGAAGGCAGGCAAACAAGGUGUCCGGUGGCCCACCAGGAGUCAGUGCACCUCCGCCUCCGACUCUCAUCAAUAAAAUAAAAUUCCAGCCAGGCGGCCCAGUCAUCAAAAAAGACAAACGACAAAGCAGUUCCAGAUUCAAUAUAACGAAGAAUCGCGAACUUCAGAAACUACCGCUUCUAACAGAAGCGCAACAGGGUAACGAGAGGGAAGAACUUUUUAUUCAAAAACUUCGCCAGUGUUGUGUUCUUUUUGACUUUGAAUCUGAUCCCCUUUCUGAUUUAAAAUGGAAGGAAGUAAAACGUGGGGCCCUUCACGAAAUGGUCGAAUAUGUCACCGAAAACAGGAAUGUUAUCACCGAGGCUAUAUAUCCGGAAGCAGUGAAUAUGUUUGCAGUGAACCUUUUUCGAACUCUGCCCCCUUCGUCAAAUCCCAAUGGAGCGGAAUUCGAUCCAGAAGAAGACGAACCAACUUUAGAAGCAGCGUGGCCUCAUUUACAGUUGGUUUACGAAUUUUUCCUGCACCUACUGGAGUCUCAGGACUUUCAGCCUUCAAUUGCAAAGCGUUACAUCGAUCACAAAUUUAUUCUGCAGCUUCUUGAACUCUUUGACUCCGAAGACCCACGGGAGAGAGAUUUUCUUAAAACGACGCUGCACAGGAUCUAUGGAAAGUUUCUUGGCCUCAGAGCGUAUAUUCGAAAGCAAAUAAACAACGUUUUCUACAAGUUUAUUUACGAGACGGAGCAUCACAACGGAAUCGCUGAGCUGCUUGAAAUUCUUGGAAGCAUCAUCAACGGCUUUGCGUUGCCUUUGAAAGAGGAGCAUAAGGUAUUUUUGCUCAAGGUUCUCUUACCUCUACACAAAGCAAAGUCUUUGUCGGUCUAUCAUCCGCAGUUGGCUUACUGCGUAGUUCAAUUUUUGGAGAAAGAUCCAUCCUUGACUGAACCAGUCAUCAGAAAUCUCUUGAAGUUUUGGCCAAAGACCCAUUCUCCCAAGGAAGUGAUGUUCCUCAACGAACUUGAAGAGAUCUUAGACGUCAUAGAACCAGCCGAAUUUCAAAAGGUCAUGGACCCACUCUUCAGGCAAUUAGCCAAAUGUGUAUCAUCCCCACAUUUCCAGGUAGCUGAGAGAGCUCUCUACUAUUGGAACAACGAGUACAUAAUGUCGCUGAUAUCAGACAAUUAUUCUGUAAUUUUACCGAUUAUGUACCCAGCGUUGUACAGAAAUUCGAGAAAUCAUUGGAACAAAACAAUACACGGACUUAUUUACAACGCGUUGAAACUUUUCAUGGAGAUGAAUCAAAAAGUGUUUGACGAAUGCUCGCAACAAUACUGCCAGGAUCGUCAGAAGGAAAAGAAACUUCUGAAGGAGAGGGACGAAGCGUGGACCAAGGUGGAAGCUUUGGCUAUGAGGCAUCCGAAUUAUAAUUUGACUACGAAGGGGGCACAAAAUCUACCUUAUUCGGCGAUGCAGCAAGUAGAUAGUCCACCGCCGGAUGAAGAUGGUGAAAACGACCAAGCUCCGCUGACUUUAGAAAAGAUAGAAGCAAAGGCUCAAGAGGUUAAGAAAAUGACCAUCACGAAUAAAUCGAAACCACUGCUGCGAAGGAAAAGCGAAUUGCCUCAGGACUCGUACACGAUGCGAGCACUCUCAGAUCAUAAGCGUGCCGACGAGUACCUCGUCACACCACCUGAUCCCAACAAUUGCUAG